AGCAUGUUUUGGCCAAAACAAAACUAAAGCAACUGGCAAAGAGGGGAUUUGAAUUUUUGGUUUGUGAUCGGUCGGUCAACGGUUCGAAUAUCGGAAAUUUUCAAAUGACAAUUUGUUGUUGUUGUUUUAAAUUGUCAAUAACAACAUGAAGACGCGUAUUAUUUUAAUUCUGCUGGGUGUGAUCAUUCUACAGCUAAUAAAGCCACGGAUUGCCAAGAACACGUGUGAUCGCGUAACGGAGCAUGGCUAUCUCUGUGAGAAUCACACGGUAACUACCAAAGAUGGCUAUCUGCUGACCAUGUUUCGCAUACCUCACUCCCCAUUAAGAGAAUCCCAGGAAAAUGAAAUUCUACCCAGACCUGCCGUUUUAUUGAUGCAUGGCACCGAAUGUUCCUCGGAUAUGUGGGUACUCAAUGGUCCCAAUGAUGGUCUACCCUUCCUGCUGGCCAAUGCCGGCUAUGAUGUCUGGCUGGCCAAUAUUCGAGGAAAUUUGUACUCACGUCAACAUCAGACACUCUCGCCCUCCUCCCGGGAAUUUAUGAAUUUCUCAUGGGAUGAAAUUGGCCGUUACGAUAUACCCGCAAAAAUUGAUUAUAUCCUCUCGAGGACUAAUCAAAAGAAACUCCAUUACAUUGGAUUCUCAAUGGGCACCAGGAUUUUUAUGAUAACAAUGUCGACGAAACCCAAAUAUGCGGAGAAAAUCAAAACUGCCCAAAUGUUGGGUCCUGGAGUAUUCUUGUGUCACAUCAGAUCUCGCUUGCCGACGCUAUUGGCUCCGAUUUUCGGUAGACCCGGAGUUUUGUCGAGUAUUUUCGGCGCCAUGCAGGGAAAUGCUUUGAGUGAUUUAAUGCGUUCCGUUUUGCCUGGGAUUUGUCGGCAUAAUUCCAAUACCUGUGCCAAUUAUUUACAGAGUAUGGUCGGCCGCGAUUCGCCCUAUGUGAAUCAGACCCUCCUCGCGGACUUUUUCUCCACCUACCCGGCGGGAACCUCACCGCGCCUGACCUUACACUUCCUCCAAUUGGUCAACUCUUGCCAAUUUAGGUCCUUUGAUUUCGGUCCCAAUGAAAAUAAACAAAAAUAUGGUCAAUUGGAACCACCCGCCUACGAUUUGAAAAGAAUCAAACUCCAAAUGCCCAUUGAAAUGUAUUUCAGCGACAAUGACUAUUUGGCCACCAUCGAGGAUAUACGUCACCUCUACAAAAUUAUGGGAAAUCAAUUGUCGCUGCAUCGUCUAAAUUUUGAAAAAUAUAAUCAUUGGGAUUUUAUUUUGGCGAAAAAUGUUAAAACCUCCAUCAACGAUUGUGUCGUCGAUAAAAUGCAACAGUACGAAGGCAGGUCCUUUAACGGCAGUUUGUGUAAUAAUUUUAGAAAUAAAGCAUGCCUAUUGUCCCGACUUGUUGAAUGCCUGUUCAUUGAUUUUACUGCAACAGCAGCAACAACAGCAGACAAGUGA